UUAUUGUUGUGUCCCAACGUAAUUCUAUAUAAAUGCUAUUUGUAUUUUUAUUUGAAGUUAAUAGGAAUUCAUUAGUUUCCCUCUCUUAAUUAAAACACUGGUUAUGAAUGCAUCACUCUCAUUUUCUUCACCAACUCCAACGAUGCGCCAGAUUCCAUUUCCCCUUAGAAGGCAGAAAAUUACAUGCUGGCAUUAUCAAGAUUGGUUUAGACAAUUGUUCCUUAAAGCUUUGCAACAAUCUCAUAGACAUGUAUGGCAAAUGUGGCCUUCUUGAUGAUGCCGUCCAACUGUUCGACGAAAUGCCCCAAAGAGAUUUAGCUUCAUGGGCCUCUGUUUUUACUGCACACAACGAAGCUAAUCACCCCCAGAAUACUCUUUUCCUCUUUCCCAACAUGUUUUUAGAUGGUCUUUGGCCUGAUCAUUUCGUUUUUGCUAGUGUUGUUAAGGCUUGUGCUAACUCGGGCGCGUUGAAAGUUGGCGAGAAAAUGGCGAUGGAGCACGGGACGGCGGAGGCGGUUAGUGGGUGUUGCAAAAAAGGACCUGGUUAUGCUUCUCCACUUGAAGCUAUGGAUGGUCCUAAAGAAUCUUUAAUUUAUGUCACCUGCAUUUAUACUGGAUCGGGAAGGGGUAAACCUGACUAUUUGGCUACAAUAGAUGUAGAUCCUAAUUCACCAUCUUAUUCAAAGGUAAUCCAUAGGCUGCCUAUGCCUUAUGAGGGUGAUGAACUACAUCAUUCGGGAUGGAAUUCCUGCAGUUCUUGUUAUGGAGAUCCAUCAGCUGCUCGACGAUAUCUUGUCCUGCCUUCACUAGUAUCAGGACGCAUUUAUGCAAUUGACACACAAAAGGAUCCAAGGGCUCCCAGUUUGUAUAAAGUUGUUCAGCCAGAUGACGUCAUCCAGAAGACAGGAUUAGCAUUCCCUCACACGGCUCACUGCCUCGCUUCUGGUGAGAUAAUGGUGUCGUGUCUCGGAGAUAAAGAUGGAAAUGCUGAGGGGAACGGAUUUCUUCUUCUUGAUUCAGACUUUAACGUGAAAGGAAGAUGGGAGAAACCAGGACAUAGUCCCCUCUUUGGUUAUGACUUCUGGUACCAGCCUCGGCAUAACACCAUGAUCAGUUCCAGCUGGGGAGCUCCAUCUGCUUUCACCAAAGGUUUCAACCUCCAGCAUGUUGCCGAUGGGCUUUAUGGUCGGCAUUUGCAUGUCUACACAUGGCCUGGUGGUGAACUCAAACAGACAUUGGAUCUUGGGAAUACUGGGCUCCUACCUCUAGAGGUAAGGUUCUUGCACAAUCCAUCUGAAGCAAUUGGGUAUGUGGGGUGUGCUUUGACCAGUAACAUGGUGCGAUUUUUCAAGAAUCCGGAUGGCUCAUGGGGCCAUGAGGUAGCUAUCUCAGUAAAACCAGUGAAAGUGCAGAAGUGGAUUCUUCCUGAAAUGCCUGGACUUAUUACCGAUUUUCUGAUCUCUCUAGAUGAUCGUUUUCUAUACCUGGCAAACUGGCUGCAUGGUGACAUUAGACAGUACAAUAUCGAAGACCCUGCUAAUCCUAAGUUGACUGGCCAAGUAUUUGUUGGAGGAGUAUUUCAAAAAGGGAACACUGUACUCGCUGAGGCUGAAGAUGGUUCAACAUAUCAAGUUGAUGUCCCAGAAGUCCAGGGACAUCGGUUGAGAGGGGGACCUCAGAUGAUACAAUUGAGUCUUGACGGGAAACGUUUGUAUGUUACAAACUCAUUGUUCAGUACAUGGGACCGUCAAUUCUACCCCGAAAUGGUGGAGAAAGGAGGUCACAUGUUACUAAUCGACGUUGACAGUGAGAAAGGUGGCCUUGCUAUAAACCCAAGAUUUUUCGUUGAUUUCGGAGCAGAACCUGAUGGUGCAUCUUUGGCUCAUGAAAUGAGGUAUCCUGGUGGUGACUGCACUUCUGAUAUUUGGAUAUGAGUGCCUAAAAUUUCAUCAAGAAUAAAGUCUGGUGACUCUGGUCUCAUGAUGUUGCAUUAUCUAUUGAAUAUCUUAGUUUAUUUUGUCAAUGAACAACUAACUCUCUCAAGUUUCAUGUACCUUAAAACUACACAUUUCAUUGGCUCAUUAUCUUGUUAUUCCUUUUUA